UACAGCUACACCUCUGUCCGAGCUUCACUCCACAUUCGAUCCUUCGAAUCCUGACAUCCUAAGACUCAGCACUACUAGUAUCCAAAAUGUCCUCCUCUUCUGUCAAACCCAAGAUCAAAAUCGCCUGGUCGAUCGACUUCGACGCCGUAUCCGGCUGGCUCGGGACAGGCCAGAAUCCCAAGAACACCACAUCAGACUACUCAUCAGGCUACUUCAGUGCUACGACAGGCGUCCCACGUCUCCUCAAACUCCUCUCCAAACUCGGUCUAUCCGACAAAGUCACCUGGUGCAUCCCAGGCCACUCCAUCGAGACCUUUCCUCAGCAGACACAAGCGAUCGUAGCUAGCGGAGCCGAAAUCGCCAUCCAUGGCUACGCACAUGAAUCCGCAUCGCAACUGACCGCCGAGCAAGAAGAAGACGUGUUGAAGAAAUGUGUUUCAUUGAUCGAAGGACUGACUGGCAAGAAACCGGUCGGGUAUCGUGCACCACUAUAUCAAUUAUCCGAACGAACGAUUGCACUUUUGCAGAAAUACGAUUUUCUGUGGGAUUCUUCGCUGUCGCACUUUGAUAGCACUCCAUACUUCUUACCUCGAGAUCCCGCUCUGCUGCCGACGAUAGACUUCCGCGCGGAUGCGAAUGCCGUGGACUGGAUGGUUCCGAGCCCGGAUUUCACGGCUUUGCCGAAAAGUGAAUUGGUAGAGAUUCCUGCGAACUGGUAUGCGGAGGAUAUGACUCCGUUGCAAUUCUUUCCGAAUGUGCAGAAUUCGGCGGGAUAUGUGGAUGUGAGAGUGGUGGAGAAUAUGUGGAAGGAUAGGUUUGAAUGGUUGAGGAGUGAGAUUGCGGAUGGGAGGGAUGAUACGGUGAUUUUUAGCAUUAUUAUUCAUCCGGAUACGAGUGGGAUGGCGCAUGUGAUUGGCAUGGUUGAGAGGUUCUUGAAGUGGUUGCAGAGCUUUGGUGAUGAGGUCGAGUUCUUGACUUAUAGGCAGAUUGCGGAGGAGUGGCGUGCAGGUCAGAAGAGAAGUUGUUCUUGCGUAGUCGACGCUAGUAGCCCUUUUACCUGAAGCAUCAGCUACUGGGCAGUUUCUUGAAGUACGAAUCCUAUGCCCUCUUUCUCGUCAACAUCACCGAUACUGUCAGCUUCUUGUGCUGCCUGCUUAGGGGCUAGACUUUCAAUGGGCUGCGCUGCGUAUGCCAGGGGCUCGUAGCGCAUGUGUUCCAUGACAAACAAGCUGCUUCAUGACUGAGCGAACGGGCUGCAGGCGCAACAUAGCACCUCCCUACGAACCAUGCUGGUGUACGCACACGCAUGUUCAGCAUGAAGUCUAACACUGACAGAUCUACUGUGCAUCUCGGUCGAGGUGGGGUUUAAUCUUGGAGCAACGCGGCAGGUGUAACAGCGAGGUCACAAU